CGAAUCGGCUCUUUCGACUAUCUAUUCACACAGAACUGAUUGUCCGAGUAUCUGCUGACUCGCUAUUUGAAUGAUAAUGGUCUAUGGAUUUCAGAGGAUACGAAGCAUGAGACCACUAGUCCAUAUCAUUGGCCGGCAUUUUACCAGAUUCAGCCGUAGUCACUAUUGCUAUACCCUGUCGGUAUUCCGCCUCAGCCUCGAUGCCACGAGGCUCGACCCCGCUGCUUGCUGACCUACAUCUUCUCAUCUCCUUCUGUCUACACGGCUAACCGAACGUUUCCUGUUUACCAUCGAAUAUCCUGCUUCUACUAUUACGGUGAGAAAUAUCCCCGUGGAAUUCCUUCCAUUUCGAUUGAUACAUCGACAAUUGCUGCAACCAUGUUCGCUCCGCCACCGAGCGAUUCCCAGCACUCCUCGGUUGAAGAUCUUGUUGCCGAAUUACGGAAUUAUUUGCGCUACAAGGAAUAUACAUUGAUAUCCUCCAUUGUGCGUAAUAAGACCACUAUUGAUCUCCCGGUCAACAGUCGAACUGCACUUUCGUACGCUGCCGAAACUCCGUAUACCGAUUGUGUUCGUAUCCUAUUGCAGUACAGUCAUCCCAGCACCAUAGAUAAACCCGAUGCAACGGGCCGAACUGCGCUUUCGUAUGCGGCGACUGCAGAGGUCAAACACAAGAAAGCAGGGGUCAAGCAAAUCAAUAAAAAUUUAUGGAUAUCGCUGGGCCCGGGUCGCGAUUUGAAAUCCUUGUCGAGGGAAAACAUCAGGCUCUUGAUAGAUAAGAACGCGGAUCCUCGAAGUCGGGAUCAAACCGGCCGAACGCCUCUGUCAUGGGCCGCCGGUAUGGGAUGCAAAGAGACAGUGGAAUUUUUCUGCAACGAGUACAAAGAGGAUGAUGCCGUAUUCGCCGCGGAUCAUGGCGGCCGAUCGCCUGUGUCUUAUGCUGCACAGGCUGGAAACCAUGAUAUUGUCAGGAAACUUUUCGAUACGAAAAGAAAUUAUGACGAUUGCGAUCAUGAGAAUCGGACACCUUUGUACUGGUGUCUUCACCAACAGUGGAAGAAUGACGAAUAUAAGGGCAAAACCAUUUCGCGUCAGGCCGCAAUGUACUCGUGUCUCCCGCCAGACUUUGACCCAAAACAUCGGCAGAAAAUGCCUGCGAAAUCGAGCGAUCAGGGUAUUGUCAAGAUACUGAACCAGUCUGUCAAAGGAAAGAUGACCUUAUUAUCAGAAGCUGUUAUGCGUGAUGACGAGUAUGCCGUGAAAGCCCUCAUGGGGAUACCGCAUUUCACUUGUGAUGCUACUAACGAGGAAGGGGGGCAGACAGCACUUAUUCUUGCACUCUGUUACGAUAAAAAAUCCAUGUUCAGAUCAUUAUGGGGCAAUCUGGGGAGAUCACUCGAGCAAAUAAAGCGCCACCCAUCACCUGCAAUAUCAUUUCAGCGUUUCCUGGAGGUCGGCAAGGGUUGGCUCAAUUAUUCACAAUUGGAACACAAAGACUUGUCUAAAAUAAGACAGUUUCUUCGAGCUUCAAUUGAAGAGCUUCUGCAAUACAAGGAAGUCGAAAUGGUCGAGCAACUACUCGGAAGACUGAUUGAUACACUUCAAGUCCCUCUAUAUGAACUGAAUUGGGUCAUCAGUUCUGGGAUAAGUCUACGAGAAGCAGUGGCGAAUAUAAAGCAGAUCGGCAUUCUCCAUGUCCUUUUGGAACAUGGCGUCGACCCAGCUAUGUUAUGUCUCACAGGGAAGUGGUUUAAUAUACGUCCCAUUGAGAACGCAAACACAACUGAACAUUCAAGGUAUCGCAGACUACAUGUCAAACUGCAUGUCAAACUACAGGUCAAACCUGAGUGAAGAGCAGCAGCAAUCUCUCAAAUUGGGUCUAACGCAGAAGAAUCAGCGUACCCAUGGCAUUAAACUCAGAACAACAGCUGAAAUCAAACACAUCAAAUGCUGUGAAAACUCCAAGACAACGAUUCUUGCACAUAACGAGCAAGAUGCCUGGGAAAAUUUCUCCGACGAAAGGCAAGAGGGCAGUUUUGAAUCACGAACAUGUCACACAACUUUUAGUAUCCUUCUUCAAUCCACGGAAGCUAGCUCUAUGUGUAAUCUCCAGGGAUUAGAGCAGACCUUAUGGGGAGUCCAGUGGACAAUUCCUUA